GCUCCAGCCAAAGCUGAAAGUGCUCUGAAAGAGCUGGGGUGUUCCCCCUGCUUCCUUGCUCUUCUUUUCCUCGGCACUUUUCUUUUCCUUAUUUUCCAUCGACUUCUCUGUUUCUAUCUCGCAACCAGCUACAGCACCGAUUCACCCUCCAUUUCUCCUGCUUAGCAUAAGAAAAUCAAAGGGGUUCACCAGCGUGGGUUCCGUCGGAUUCCAUAGACAAGGGCGUGGUGACCCGGAAAUCAUGGUUCUUCGGAUUUGGGGCUUUUGUUUGCAGCCUUCAAAUCCCUAUCUAUUUAAGGAAGAAUUGGAGAAAAUGAUGAGGGAGAAGAUCAAGAUCAGGAAGAUCGAUUACUUGCCGGCAAGGCAGGUGACCUUCUCAAAGAGGAGAAGAGUGGAUUUGAAGAAUGCUGGAGAGCUGUCCAUUCUGUGUGAAUCUGAAGCUGUUGUUAUCAUCUUUUCCCAAACUGGCAAGCUCUUUGAUUUCUCAAGCUCCAGGUAUGGAUUUUAUGGGAGGCGUCUAGAAGGUUCAACUUUGAUCGUCGAAAGCACGGGAUGCUAAGGAUCGACUUGGAACAGUUGCCUCGCAUGCUCAAAAGGUCGUAUACUAUAUGCUGAUAUGCUUCCUACAAUCUUCGGUCUAUGAGACUAUGAGUAUGGUGUCAUUUUGCAAUUGGCUUCUUUGUCUUUGCUUGCAGAUGAACAACAUUUUUUGGUGAACAAUGGAUUCAAAUUCAGCGUCUUGAGCAGGCUUUUCAUAUUACUCAAGUAAGCAUUUGUACUUGAGACUGGCUUCUCAUUCUGUGUGCAAGUUUUAUCGAAAUGAGCUUUAUUAAUUGGUUUAACUCGGUUAGGACUAUGAGGCUUCAAUGGCAAGUGAGCUCUAGAAGAUGCACAUUCUUGAAUAGUUUAGAUCAGUCUGUAUGUGUGAGUCAGUGAGGCUUCAUUUAAUCAAUAAGAAACCACUUUCCUUAGGCCGUUGUGAAGUGUAUAAUUAGAGUAAUAGAAUGCAAUGAAAUAUAAUGUUUUUUUUCA